AUGCCCACAUUCUCGCCCACUCACACCCCCCUGAACUGUAUUCACCCGACACACAUUAAGCGCCACUGUCACUCCACCCCCUCCUGCCCGCCAUUCCCAGAAGAAGAAAGGGGGUCAGCUCUGGGAGGACAGCUGGUGGACACAGUACGUGUCAGCGAAUGUGGCAUGCAUGCUCUGCUGAGGUCUGGACAACCAUACACAGCCCUGGCACUAGCGUAUAUGGGUCAACAGCUCUUCCUGCCGAGGAGGCAACGAGACAAGUCAAACGAGAGCACGAAAAAGCAGCAAAGAGCGAGCCGGGGUCAGCAGGCGAGAGGAACAGUCACCUGGCCCGGACAGGGCCCAGCGACCCAGGCCCUUUAUUCCCGUCCCUCCGGGCCGUGCGCGGCCCCCACCCCGGCCCGGGGCUCCCACGCCGCCCCCCUCGGCCCGCCCCACGCCCGUGCCCAGGACUGGGGGUCACAACAGCGGGCAGACGCCGCGCGCGGGCAAGUUGGAGACUUACCUCCCCCGGAUGCGCUAGACCAUCAAUGGAGGAGAGAAAACGAGGCAGAGACAAUGUGGAAGACGAGCGAGCGGAGAGGAGUGGGGAGGCGGAGGCUGGGGCGAGACCCGAGCGGGGCGAGCGUCUCGGGCGAGCGGGAGGAAGAGGAGGCUGGGAGCGCGGGGGAAGGCUCGCGAGCGUCUGUGGGAGCAGCGGCGCCUCGGCGAUGGUGGCCGAGCCGCGGCGGGGCUGCUGCACCGACCCACCGCCCACUCCGCGCUCGGGCCCAGCCCACCUCGCAGUAUCGCGCCGCCCUAUUGGCGCGUCCCGGAGUGACGCGAGCGGAGGCAGGGCCAAUGGGAGGCGGAGGGCGGGUGGAAGGGCGGGACUUCUUUUCGCUCGCGCUCAGUCUUCUGUCUUUUUUUUUUUUUUUUCCCCCCUCUUUCUAAUAAAAUGAGCAGAGGAGAAGGAGGGGAGCGGCCGAGCUCUGGAGACGCCGCGGCCAGGCUCAAGCGCGCGCCCCAGGCGGCGGCGGCUGGGCGGUGGGUAGGGCUCCCCGCUGGCCACGUCUUUGUGCGGGGCCCGGGCCGCGGCACUCAGCGGGCAGGUCCCAGGGGCCGGAUUGGCCGGAGUCCAGUUGUCCUGUUAUUACCAGGGUCAUGAUUUGCC